UCUAGAUCUAGUAGGCAGCCCUAUCUUAGGAAAUCAACAAUAAUGAGUUGAUAAUUUGAAAUAUAGCUUAUAAAAGUAGAAUUUAGUUUUAUGUGUCGAUAGGUCUUAGAGUGUUGUCUAGGUUUAUAAAACUAAUAGAUAUAGAUCUAGAUCUAUUCUAGAAUUUCUCUGAAAGGACAAAGACUUUUUGUUUUCUUAGUUGAAAAGGGAGAGCUCCACCGUUUAUAUCACGUGACUUGUAUUUUUCUUCUCGAGUUUGCAAUGGCUGCUUCAAAUGUUGACAAACAAAGUGAUGCACCAGAUUAUGAAAAGAAGCUAGAACUUAUGGAUAAUGCAGACCGUAUGUGUGAAACAGUAACCAAAGAGUCCAAAGAUGUGCCUUUGGUGCCACUGAAUACCCCAUGGACCUUUUGGAUCGAUAGAUCUGUACGAGGUACAACUGUACAACAGUAUGAAUCAUCACUUACAAAGAUUUACACAGUAGACACAGUACAAGGAUUUUGGAGUGUUUACAAUCAUAUUCCAGAACCCUCUAAACUAAGUAUUAGAUACAGCUACCAUCUGAUGAGAGCACAACGAAGACCUGUUUGGGAAGAUGAAGAGAACAGCGAAGGGGGAAACUGGACCUUUAAAUGUAAAAAACAAGAUACAGAAGAUGUAUGGAAGCAACUACUUCUAGCUGCCAUUGGAGAACAGUUGUCAGAUUGUAUGUCAGAAGAGGAUGAUAUUAUUGGUAUCAGUGUCAGCAUUCGAGACAGGGAUGAUUUGAUUCUAAUAUGGAACAACUUAGCCUCCCAUAAAGAUGACGCCAAGAUUAUCAAGAAAGUGAAAGAGUUGUUGCCCCAUGUGACCUUCACUACAAUCUUUUACAAAGCAUUCAACAUGCAUGAAGCAUUUGAAGGGAAAAGGUCAAAUCGAAUUCAUCCUCGAUGAAACAUCUACAAAGAGAUCAGAAGUUAAGUGCUUUGAAAAAUAUCAUCACUACUAUAUUGUGUUUCCUGGAGAACCUGUACACCUUCUUCUUGCUAACUGCACAACUAAGCUAGAUGGAGGAUUCAGAACCAUUCUGCAAAGAAAUGUGGGAUCAUUGUUAGCUACACUCAUCUGAAAAUGGAAACUUUUUUUUUCUAAAACUUGUUACCUGUUUAACACAAACUAUUUCUGAUAGAGAUGACAUAAAGGUAAACAUUGUAUUGAGCUGUUCUGGUUUUAUAUAUAUUAUGUAGGUGUUGCUAUCAAUCACUUCUAUUUCAUUCAGUAUUUUCUCCUACUUAUAACUAAUAGUUUGGGCAUAAAACUGUUGAAAAUACUGGUCACAUUAAGUUCAAUCAAAUUGAGGAGAGUGGUGGGGGUGGGAUGAGUUUUUCUGUAAUGCUUUGUUCUAUCUGGUUGAGACAGGUUUCAGGUGACUUAGUUUUAACACAUUAUUUCAUUCAAGUGCUUGAACUGCAUUGCAGAUGCUUGAUCUAAUGUUUAGCAGCCCAGGCUCUGAGUGCUGUGACUUGAUCAAGAAGAGUUAGAUGCCAAAGAAUUAGAUUGUGAUUUUUUAAAAGUGUACAAAGGAUUCACCGCAAUGUUUUAUAAUAACCUCAUAAAUUUCUUUUUUUUUUAGUAUUGUACCCUUUGAUAAAGUUUUAGUUUGACUUACAGGAUUUUUAAAAAAUAGUCUCUUAUAAUGAACAAAUGAAUUAUAUUUCUGGAGAUCACAACUUGUUUUUUUUUUUUUCUUAUUUAGCAUUUUUCUUUCUUUUCAUUUAAUUUUUCUUUUUACUAAUAUACAUAUCAGAUCUUUUGAAUAUUUAAAGUCCCUAGAUAUCAGUAUUAAAUGAACUUUAUACAUAACAGACAAAAUGUGUGAAACUUUGUUCAGAGUUAUUUUACGUGACCUUGACAAUAAGACUGGCAAGUCCUAUUCUUGUGUACCAGGGAAAUGUAAAAUCUUUGAACAUAAAAAAAAAAAAUGAUUGAUCUUAGGAAUUUUUAAAACAACAGUAACGGUAGUUAAGUUAAUAAAUUAAUUUAGAAAUUGCAUACAACGAAACAUCUGAUCAACAAUCCCUUACUACUAUUUCUGUUUCUUUUUAGUUCAUAUGAACCAAGAUGCAUUACUUUGAAGUUAAAUCUGUAUUUUAUAAAAUAAGAAGAUAAAUUAGACCGCCAUUAUUUUAGUGUAAAAUAGAAUAUGUCUCCAUAAGCUUAUUCGUUAAAAGGGAUUAACAUUUUCUGAAUUGUAACUGCAGAUAGUAUCUAGCUGGAAUAGCCUUAUUUUAAAUACAAAUGUUUGUUUGAAAUGUGAACAAUGUAAAUUAUUGCUUGCUUCAGACAUUGUCAAUCAAAUUUGUGAUCAAUGAAAUAAAAUGAAUAAUAAAUAUGAAA